UCAAAAAUGACCAGUCCUGUCGGGAGAGUAGAUCUAUUCCUUUCUGUUCACACUUAUUUUUAUUUCUGGCUUUAGCAGCAAUGAGGACCCUGCAAACCAGGAAACCUGCAGGAACAGGAUCCACUAAGCCAGAAUCUCCAGUGGAACACAGUGGAAAGACAACAUCAACUGGAAGAAAGUUUAAACAUUUUACACUGCCCUCCAUCCUAAAACGGAAUUCCAAGAGUAACACCAACAUCUCUGCUCCAGAUGUACCCAACACAUCCAGUCUUAUGGCCGCCCCCCUCGAGGAGGUGUUGACUUUUGAGCAGAACCUUAAGAGAAAUCGCCUGUCUGCUGCUGGCCAACAGCUGAUUGACAGAGAGGAGCGUCUAUAUGGACAGAUCUCAGAAGAAGUAGUUCAGCCGACCACAGAGAGGGAGAAUGAGGAGAAAGAGCAGCUCACCAGAGAUCGCAAAGCCCUCCUCAGCCACAUAGACCUAGCUGUGAAGAGUUCUCUCAGUCCGGACGAAGACAGUCUGGAGGCUCUGAAGUCUGCAGUGAAGGCUAUCCUACAGGAGGAGGAGCAGGAUAGGCGAUGGCUGAAGCAGGAUGGUAAACAGCCUACCUGGAGACCCAGUGAGUGUAGACAUCACCAUGACACUGUCCUCCAGAGGCUGGUGGAGGAGCGUAUGGACCAUGCCAAAUUGCCCCCUGAAGAGAGCAGCAAGCUACGCUCCUCCCUGCAGAGGGACAUCUGUGGGAAGGGCAGACGCCUGCAGGAGGACCUGCUGAGGGUGGUGAAGGAUGUGAAGGGCUGUUACCCAGAGGACAUGGAUAUCUGCAACCUCUAUGGAAAGAUUUACCACCAAGCCUUCAGUGCAGGGAUGAGAAAGAUUGCGGAGUAUGGGCUGGGCAUGGUUGACUGCUCUUACCUCCUGCAUUGGGUGAAUGUUGCCUACCCAGGGAUUCUACAAAAUCUGGAACUGACCAAGGCGAUUAACCCUGAAGCUUUGGGAAAGCUGUUGACUGAAGAGUUAACAACACCACUGGAGAAUCAAUAUCUUACUCUUCAAGAGACAGAGGUGCAGACAUUGAUCAACAAAGUGCUGAAUGUGGAGGAGCAAGCCUGGAGGGAGGGAUCUGUGCCUGAGCUCAGAGACAACUGUUACUUUAGCCCCUUGGCCAUCGAUGUCAUUCAGUUUAUUAAUGCUGCAUUCGAAUCAGUAGAGACAGUUUUGGGAGACACGUCCAAAGUCCAGAUGAUUGCGUGCCUGUUGAAGGACUUCUUGAAUAGCUACAAGAAAUUCCAGGAGAAAGUUCUCAAAGGAAGCAACAACAGAAACAGCAGAACUGUGAUAAUGGCCAAUCUUUCCUGUGUUGAACAAUUUAGGGACUAUAUUGUGAAGAAAACAGAUAUCUUCCCAGUGGAUGUAAAAGAAUGCUGUCUGUCCAUAGUAGCUGAUAUGAAAAACUGUGGCUACACAUCUUUAAAAAGCCCCAUACACAAGGACCUCAAGUCUCAGUACAGCAGUCUGGGAACGCCCAUAUGGUUGGAGAAGAAGACACAGGUGUGUGAGAAGCUGUUUGAAGGAAUUAACAAACACACCCAGGACCUUAGGGGCUUGAAUGACUCCUGCCAUCAGGAGCUGCUGGGCCAGCUGCACUUGGAGGUGACAGUGGAGUACGUGAGGAGGCUACUGAAGAGGAAGAUCAAGCUGAGAGACAAAGAGAUACAGGAGCAGGCGGCCAGGUCUGUGUGUGAGGAUGGCCAGAGACUAAACAAACUGUUCACUGAAGCGGGUUCCAAGGAGGAGUGGCUGAGUGACAUUCUGCCCAGGAUUGCUGAAGUGCUGAAACUCCAAGACAUUUCCUCCAUACAGCUGGAGAUAGUGACUCUGAGUCAAGCUUACCCUGACCUCAGUGACGUCCAGGUGACCGCCCUGCUUAGCCUCAAGUCCAACCUUUCUGCCUCGGCUGUGAAGAGGGUGAAGAAGACCCUCCUGGACAUCCAGGACACCACCAGCUCCCAGGGUGGCCCAUCCUUUUUCUCCAAGGUAUAGGGUUUCCACUAGUUACCACUAGCUUUUUGGUCUUAAUUUAAGGUUAGGGUUAGGCAUAAGGUUAGCAGUGUGGUUAAGGUUAAGGUUAGAGGUUUAAAAUCAUAUUUUAAGAAGAUAAAUUGUAGGUGACUUUGUGUCUGUGAUAACAAGUGAUGACCAAAGUACAGGCCAAAUGAUUGUUGAACACUCUUAAUGAGUCAAGUCUGCAGUGUUAACCAUCCAAUGAUAAGCCAUUCUACUGUAAUGUAUGAGAUUGUUGCAAAAUAGCCUGUCUUUUGUUGUAUAUGGGCAUUCUUAAAGGGACUUAUUUCACAUUGCUGUACCUUAUGAGCUUUUGAGGGUGCUGUGAAAAGUAGACAUUUGUUAUAUUGUAUAAUACAGUUAUUUUAGGUUAUUGCAGUUUUUUCCUCCAUGAGAAUAAUGUGUUCUUAUAGCUUCUUAUAGAUUUGUAUGUUGUAUUUUGCAUGUUGAAUUAUUUAUGUUACAAAAAGGACUAUGCAUCAUGUCUGUAAGGCACCUCUGUGUAGUUGUCCGUCAUUUCUUCUUCAUGGAUUCGAGAAGUACGAGUUUAUUGAGUGUUUCCGGCCUUACUCAAGGAUUUCCCUCAAAUUGGUUAGUCAACGAUUCUAAGUCAUUGUUACAAUUUUGUCAACGACAAGGGGAAGUAUACACACUAAGUACCUGUCUAUCCGAUCGUGAUUUGUUUUGUGUAUCAGUUCUAGGUAAAUGCUGACUUUACCAGUAAGCUGUCUAUUACAUUGGAAAGAGGAAGGAAACAGCAUUAACAGGACAGGCUGCCAGUUCUUCCAGGUUAAUGUCUCUAACUCCCCUGGAAGACUGUCAGUGUUUUGAUAAUAUGUUGUGAUAAGGAUUUAAGGGGAAACACCAGACCUUGAUGAUAUUCUCCUCUGGGAUAUUAUUGAGGAAGCAUGUACAGAAUUAACAGCAUUGUUAACAGGAUAAUUGUUUUUCAAGUGAGUCAGGCUGCCAGUUCUUCCAGGUUAAUGUCUCUAGCUCCCCUGGAAGACUGUCAGUGUUUUGAUAAUAGGUUGUGAUAAGGAUUUAAGGGGAAACACCGUAUCUUAAUGAUAAUAUCCCCUGGGAUUCUAUUGAGGAAGCAUGUAGUUGAAAAAUAUAAGUGAAAUACCAUCCUACGUCUCUAAUGGGGCCAUCCAAAACGCAUUCAAAUUGAGUUACUGAUUACUGUAUGUGUUGUGAAUUACUAUACGUUUUGGAAUUUACAAUAUUAGAGUACUACUCCCACAAGCCAAGCAGACUGUUUUGGGCUUCUUCUUCUCAGGGGAAGAGCAAUGACCAAUAGCCUUAGUGCCUAUCUCCAUCUACAGGGCAUUAUGGUGCUACACUCACCCGUAUUUGGGGAUUUUCUCCCAUUCAGCUCUGGCUGGGCCACUCAAGGACAUUCAGAGACAUGUC